CCGAAAUGAAGAAGAGGGGGCGGGAAUGAGUGUGGGCUCAUCCGGGAUAGCAUCGGUGUUGUAUUGGUUCCGAGGCACCUUAGCUCGGAGUGAGUUGCAAUCGAUUCUGUGAUAGACUUGAGGUUUGGUAGUAGACUAUCUUGGACGAAGAUAGGAUACUGAACUUACAGCAACAGCAACGGCAUGUAUAGUCCCCUUGUUACCAGAAUAACAAGUCAAAGAAUAAGUGCGUUGGUCUGGAAAUGGCUCAUGUGGCAUGCCCGUAGGAGGCUCAAUCUCAGCCUUUCUACCAUCCUGUAUACUAACUAUUGCCGUUGUUGUCGCAGGAUUAUUCUGGGGUCGACGGGCCAAGGCAGGCAGCGAACAGCAAGUGGAGGAUCCCGUCCGUAUCAAAGCGCAUGGUUGUUGGCCCGUUACAGAUAGUCUAAUCCAAACCAAAUCAGUUCACUGAAGGGAAUAGAACUAACUCCUCCUAAGUAAGUAAGUGCAAUUAGGCGGGUUGACUUUCAAAUGGUGGUAGUUCAGUUUGCGCCGUUGACGCGUUCCAACGUCCAAAUUUG